AUGACAACAUGUGAUGAGUUGGUGAAUGAAAAAGGAGAGAAUGACAAGUACAAUGUUCCCCCUACAAUCAUAGGUAAAGCAGCGGACACCCUCUUUGGAAUAGGAUGUGAUGAGCUGGUGAAUGAAAAAAGAGAGGAUGACAAAUACAAUGUUCCCCCUGCAAUAGAGAAGGCAAAGAAUCAGUAUCAUGUGUGGUGUAUUGGCUAUGGCAUUAGAGAUGAUUUCUUGGUGAAAGAUGUUUACCUCGAGAAUAGAGACGAUGAAGAGCUGUUUAUCCAUGAUACAGUGUCACAGCCAACUACUCUGGCAAAGAGAGCAAUCCAACCCCAUAAGGAAGCAACACUGAAGGAGCUCUUGAACAUGGAAAUAAAAAAGAAACAAAAAAGAGAAGAAGGGAGCAAAGGGGCUUCCAAGUAA